AUAAACAUUUUCGUCGUGUUAGGAUCGGAGAAGCGCUAAAAUUUGUUUGUUUUGUUGUAAUAUGUGUUUUUGUAAUAUUAGAGAAGCAACAAAAUAUUAAUAUUAUUAAAAAAAUUACAAAAAUAUUUAAAAAAAAGAAACGCAAACAAAAUACAUUACACAUGCACAAGUAGGGGUAAACGAAAACCAUCAAAAAUGAGAACAUUUGCAGCAGCAACUACUAAUAAAUCUUGUGUGGAAAAGUCAUAAAAGUGUAUGGUUGAAAAAAAAAAAAUACACAAUAAAUUGUAAAUGAAAUUGAUUUUGAAGAAUGAUAAUUUAAAUGAAGAUUGUGAAAUUUAAAAUCGAUUUGAAACAAAAUAGAAGUAAAAACCUAAAACAAAACACACAAAAUACUCUGUGUAAUUGGUGGAAAACAAAAACGGGCCGGAGAAUGCCAACAAAAAAAAUGAAAAAAUUUUAGAAUAGUGGGGUUUCACCAAAACAAAGAAAAAUUUCACAAAAAUACAACAAAACCACUUAAUUCAAUACAAAAAAAAAAUAAAGCCAAUGGAAAUUACCUUGAUUUUGUUUUAAAAAUCGCAACCCUUGCAUGGAAAAAAAGCAAAAACAAAAAUAAAUUGAAUAUAACCCCUAAAACGCUAACACAAAUCAAAUUCUAAAUAAGAAAACAAAACAAAAGUGAAAAAGUGAUAAGGUUUUGGUUAAAUGAUUUAAAAAAAAUCCCUUUUAUCAAAAAAAAAAAAUUCGAUGUCAAUGAAAACCCGUUAACUAAAAAAUUUCCUUUUGAUCUGAAAUCAAGAGAAUUGCCUAUAACAAAAGCUUUGAAAGUUUUAUUUGCUUUUGCGUGAGUGUGUGUGUGUGUGUGUGUCAGUGCCGUGUUGUUGUCCUUGCUGUGCGUAGCCGUUCGUUGGUUCAUUCUUCGUUGGCUUACCUCAUACAACUGCAACUGCAACAAUUCAUCGCAACACCAAGGAGUUUGUUGCAGAUCAUCCGUUUUCUUUUUGGGGGAAACAAGACCAGACAGUCACUACAUAACACACAGGGUCCCCAAAAGCUCCUUAGUUCAAUUUAUACUCUGGACAUACAGACCGCCGCCAACACUUUGGGACCCUCAAAAGCACUCUUUGAAAUAACGCAAUUUUUGUUAUUACUUUUUGCGUUGGAUCGUAAUUUUUUUCCUUGGUUUCUACAUCUGCGGAUAUUACCUACCUUUUUGUCGCUGUUUUUUGCCGUUUAUCUUAGCUUUUGGCUUUUGUGGAUUUUUUAUUCUAUUUGCCCUUUUGGAAGCUGAACUCCCUCGUCGCCAUCAUCAUAGGCCAAUGAGUUGCAUGUCUUGUGCUUUGUAUUGGGAAAUCUAUGUGGGAUUAUAAACUCAACCCUUAAACUGGAGGGGCUACAAUGAGGCCAGAAGUAUACGAUGUUACCACAGUUUACACUCAAUGCCAGGAUUAUUUUUACUAUAAUAGUAAUGUUUGCUUUUGCAACAACAACAUGUUCAAAGAAAACAAACGAUUAUGUGAUAAUGUUAAAAAAUCACGAGAGGGCAUUGCAUGUAAAUGCCAGCGGCAAAGUGACAGCAUCAGAUAUAUCAUUAGCACAAUCCUUCACCAUGGAAAGUGUUGUCGAUAGCGAUAGCGACACUUUCAAAAUCGCUCUGUAUGUAAAAGAGGUCGACCUCUAUUUGUGCUUUCACAAAGAAAAAUUAAUGGGAAAGAAACAAUUAAAUCCCAAUUGUCAUUUCAUUGAAACUAUGGAUCAUGGCUAUUUUCUUUAUGCCAAUGCCUAUAAUAGUUCAUGGCGUGUGGGUUUUACACACAACUUUAAGCCCGUGGGACCCAGACGCAUGAAACGACCCAAUAUUAAGAAGCGAGCUUGUUUUCAAUUUGUCAAAAUCAAUGCAGAGGAUUUUGAUCGCGUUAUGUUUACCACCAGCAGCACCUCCUCAACCAGCACCACCACAACACAAGCACCACCAAACACCGCGAAGGAAUCACAAAUAUAUCGUACACGCAUCCAUCAUAGAGUGAGAAAUAAGGAGCUUGCCACAAGUAUUAAUGAAGACGAAAGAGAAGAGAAGAGAAAAGUGAGGAAGCAUGAACAGGAAGAUGUGGAGGAGGAGGAGGAGCCAUCCUCAAACUAUGUGGCCAAGAAACGUAAACACUUUCGAAAUCUGGCUGGAGCUGCAGAAAUGGAAAAUUGGCCUAGUGAGGAACAGGAACACGGAGCAGCACGUAGGCAUAGAAAUCAACAACAUCAUCAUCAUCAUCGUAAUCAUCACCAAUACCAACAUCAUCACAGAUUUUCGCAGUCUUUGGGAGAGCGUCAAGCGGAAGCAUCCUCUUUACCGCAGCCAAAAAACUUGAUACGACCUCAGCCGACGCACAAGGCUGGGGAAGAAGAGAGCAGAAGACGAAAAUUUCAAAGAGAAGAGCACGUAAGAAAAAGGCGUCUACACAACCAAAGAAAACGCAAGCAAAUCGAGUCACAUGAAAAUCCACAUCUAAUAUCCUCCGAGUCAACGCCAGCCCCAAAUUCAUCCUCACUUCCUCCACAUGCCAGCAGCAGUAGCUCUAGCACGGCCUCAGCCUCGGUGUCGGCCACCUCUUUGGCGGCUACAGUUUCGUUGGCACCUUCGGCCCUAAAUAUUGUGGCCAUGUUGGCUGCCAGCCGGCGGAAAAAAGCUCGAAGAAAGAAUCAAAACUCCGAAGAGGAGGAAGGUGAUGGUGAUGAUGAUGAUGAUGAAGAGGAUAGUGGGGCGGGCUCUGGGAAAAAACAAAAGCCUGUGGAUAUGCAAGUGCGUCAAAGUAAAGUAUCAAACUUUUAUGAUAGGCCUGCUGAGGAGCGCAGAAGUUACCAACAUGAGCAUAGCUACCAUCAAAAGCCAAAUAGCCCUCAACAACAACAACAACUUCCAGUGAUGAUGUUGUCUACAAGUAGGGGCGCUGCAGCGCCAUCUACAACACCUGAACAUAUUGUACAGCCAAAAAACCAUAAAUACUCAAAUAGUACCCCUAAGGAUAAUAGCAACAGUAACAACCACAGCAGCUGCAGCAACAGCCAUAGUCGAAGCAGUCGCAGCCGAAAAAAUAGCCAUAGUCCUAGUUGUACCCAUAGCCAUAAUAGUCACCAUAGCCAUAGCCAUAAUCAUAGUCAUAGUCAUAGGCAUAAUAAUUUAAGACAUGAGGUGUAUGCUCAUGACGCUGGUGCUCUCAGAGAGUAUGAGAGAGAGCAGCAUGUUCAAAAUGCUGCCCAUAGUAAUGUUAAUGCAAUACCUGCCUUGCCAAAUAACUUCAAUGAUAAUAUAUCGUCGCUUGAAAGCAGCUACAACAACAAUAAUAAUCAACAGCAGCAACAAAAACAACAACAAUAUUUAAAUGUUAUGACUGAUUUAAAAAAAACUCCUACAACUACUCCCCACACAUUUGCUCCCUAUAAACCUGCUUCACAUAAAGAAUUUCGCCCACAUUCCAAUGGCGCCGAUAUAGCAAGGCGGCGUCAUAAACGAGAUACUAGCCUAAUUCUUAACACAACUACUAGUCAGCAAAGUCGUCAGCAUCGUCGUGUUAGUCUUAGUAGCCACGAUGAUGAUGAUGGUGACGACCUCAGCAAUAAAUCCUUAACGGCUUUUUUCAAAGCAAAAGCCGAACAUCCACCAAGUGAUGCGAAUGACAACAACGAUGCGAGAGAAGCGACCUCUCCUCACAACGAUGAGAGCACUCUUCUUCUGCUGCAGAAAUACAACGAAGGCGGCGGCAGCGGCGGCGGCGGCGAUAAACAAACAAAUGAUAACAGCAAUGAGACGAAUGACAAUGGCGAGAGCAGCUAUGCUAUGGAUGUCAUUCAUAGCGAUGACGAUAACAAUAACAAUAACCGCUGGGUGAUGGUUGUUGAUAUCGAUAAUUCCAAUAGACUUUUAGAUGAUAAUAGUAAACACAUAAGAGAAGACAAUAAUUUUCAACAACAGCAGCAUUUGUUGGUAAAUCGCUUAAAGCUAAUUUAUCUAAAUAAUAAUCGAAUAAGUAAACAAGUUGAAGAUGAUGAUGAUGAUGAUGAUGACGAUGACGAAUCUAGCUCUAAUUCUAAAAUGAAUAUUCUAAAACAGCAACAACAACAACAACAAACUAAAAGCAUACGACAAUUAUUAAAGAAAAAUGUCCUAAGAGAUAAGCCAAACAAUAUAAAAAGCAGUACACCAAGUAGUCUUAAAUCUUCGGCAGCAGUAUCAGCAGCUGUAGUUGCCUCCAAGCAACGCCACCAACAAAGCUCGAAAAGCUUUAGCAGCAGCAUAUUUAUGAGAAAGCUAAAUGUCAACAGGCUUAACAGCCAUAAAUUAGAGGAGACAAAUGUUAAUAUUAGCCAUAAUGUUAUAAUAAUUAGUAACAGCAGUUUAUAUAAUGAUGCCUCCGUUAAAUCGCUUCACAUUGCUUACAAUAAUAAUAAUAAUAAUGUUAAUGACAACGAUAAUAAUGACAUUGAUGAGGCCACAAUGAAGACAUUAGCCCGAAGCCAGUACCACCACCCCCACCACCAUCAUCAUCAGCAAGCUGAGAUUGCACCUGCAUUGGCAACGGGCUAUUCCAUUGGCCAAAAUAUGUAUAGACAGCUUCAGCAGCAGCAGCAGCAGCAGCAGCAAUUUAUCGAUAAUAAAUAUGCUACCACUACAACUACUACUACAACUACUGCAACUACUAACACUAAUACUAUAAAUAAUAAUAAUAUUAAUCUUAUUAAUGUUCAUUAUAUUUAUGAUCAACUACACAAGAAUGAUGAUGUUAAUAUCGAUAUAAAGAAUACUGCUUAUGAAAGUUACCAAGUCGAUGAUGAUGAUGAUGAUGAUAAUGAUGUCGAUAAUGCCGUACAUAAAGGUUAUGCAAAAUUAAAACAAAAUGAAAAUAAAUAUGAAAAAAUUAUAGUACAAUACAGAUCUGUAGUUCAUUUUUUUGGGAAGAUCAAAACGAGGGAACCGAUAUUGGGGUAA